AUGUCACAAAAUUACUACACACAUUUCCAAAAUCCCAACCUGUAUCCGUACCAAAUCCCCGAGCACACUAAUUUGCUUUAUCCCACAUAUCCAUCGUCAUCAUAUAAUACCCCACCUCACGAAUCACGUGCUUUGACGCCUCGACAAACUAAUCGUAUCAACAAUGCUUUGUCCAUAAAUCCGCUGAAAACGAGCACCAAACCGCAGGCGAGUUGCGAAAACGCGGAAUUAUAUCACGCCAACAAUAUUGGUGGCAGUCAAGAGAUGAGCGGUGUGCAGGCCUCACGAAUCAUUAUAUUCCCCGGCAUUUUCAAAGCCCGAAUUUUGAUAACCAGAACGGUAAUCAAGCUGCCCUUUCCGAAUCCAAAUGAAAUCACUAGUAAUCGGGAAACUGUCAAUCAUCACGGUGCGCAACCUUUUUCAAACCAUAAUAAUCAGGGCAUCAAUCAGGUCACUAGUAAUCAGAAACAGGACAUCGGCAGUCAUCAGGAUGCUCAACCCUUUUCCAAUCGGAAUGUUGAAAAUGAGCAACUUUCACAGCCUUUCUCAAAUAACAGUGAUCAAAGUGUUGAUCAAACCAAUGGCAAUCAGAGCCAGGAAACGAAUAAUCAACAGAGUGUACAAUCUUUUCCAAAGGAUAAUGCUGCCAACCAAAGCCAGAACGCUACCAACCAGAAUCAGGAUGCUGCCGACCAGGAAGCAGACGCCAAAGAGAUCUUACAGCGUCUUGCAAGUCGAACUGGCGAUGAUGACAUGGCGAGUCAGGUUUUGAGCCUUUACAAGUACAUGAUGAAUAGGCAAACCCUCGAAAAUCGAGCCAGAAGAGCCAUGGAAUUGGAGAUUUCAAGUCUCAAAGCCCAAUACAAGGAGGAUACAAAAACGUUUAUAGAGGACAAGGCGCAAAUUCUCCUUUUUUUGGACAAUUACCCCGAUCGACUUAAACAGCUCAGUCAAAUAAUCGAAGAACGAGUCGAGAUCUCGAAGAUCGAUCACGAAGAGAGAGAGAAAUUUCGGGAUGAAAUGGAUGCAAUGAGGACAAAGUUUGAAUCGCUGAUAGCAGAAGUGAAGGCUGUAUUUCAAAGUUUGAAUUUUAUGGCCCCUCUUAGUUAG